UUAUUCACGAAAGUAAUUUCUCCCCCGUCCGAUUCGGGAAAAGUGGUAGAGUCCAGAGGGCGCGAGGUUCGGAAAGCGUUUGUUUACGUCCGCGAAGAAACGGAGACCUAACACGUAAAAAUUCAGAUGGAGGAGAAGAUGAGUGAUGAGAACACAGAGGAAAUGAUGGUACUUGAGGCUCACAUCAAGCAUCUUCAAGCUGAAGUUGAGGAGUUGCAGCGCCAACAGCAAGAAAACCAUAAGGAGAUAGCGUUUCACUACACAGGACAAAUCCAAAAUGCCCUAGCGUACAUGUGCGGAGAGAGACAAGCAGGAGGGAAGGAGAUGGUGCUGUCCAGACUGAAGGAGGAGGUGGAGGAGCUGGAGGAGGAUCUGAAGCUGCAGACAGAGAUGAAUGGCAUCACUUUGAACAGCUGCACCGCAAAGACUCUACAAAGCAGUGGCAGAGAGCUGGUCCAGCAGCUCUCCUUAUCGGGUAUCUGCUCUGAACUGGUCUUCCAGGUGGAGUUUCAGCUCUCUGAGCUAAAGGACCGUGAGAGAUCAAACAGGACCAGUGAUCUGAACGUGGUGCUGGACUCAAGUGAGCUGCAAAACUUCAGCAGUUUCUUGUCAAGGGUAGAGGAGAGCAGGGAUCUUCUGCUGUUCUUCAGGACCUUAAGGACUUUUUCAGACAGAUGUGAUGAUCGUAGCAGAACUUUCCAGCACUUCCAAGAGAAGUAUCCGGUGGUCAUCUCGCUUCCUGGAGGCCCCAGGUCAGAGGUCAUGACCCUGAACCACCCCAAGCUUCCCGGUUGCACGUUUUUCAUUAAUUGGUCAGUUGAGGUUUCCAGAGAGGGCGUCGUCACGCCAAAGAUCGACCUGCUGACAAAGAUCCCAGAGAGAGCUCUGCAGCUGUUCCCCUCUCUGGCUGUAGGCAGCGCUGCUGAGGCCUUUCAGAGCCUGCUGAGGAUUCUGGGACCUGAAGCUGCCCUGGAGUCCAUCAUCAGAGCAGUCAGCCUUUCACAGGAAACUUGAAGCAGAAAUAUCUUUCAGAUAUUAACCUGUCGGGCUUUUCACCUUCACGCCCGCUUUGAGUUUGUUUACUCGAGGUAAACGCACAGACGAUGGUUUAGUCUCUUAGAAAUCUUUAUUUCAAUAGAAAGAACACGACUAUUACAGCUGUAACAGCCGAGCUCACGGGUCAAAAUCUACAAAAAUAAAUA